AUGAACCCCGACAACGAGCUCCAAUACGACGGAAGCGAUAUGGACAUCGACUCUACUGUCGACCUUCGUGCUAGCCAGUUCGGCCAACCGAGUCUCCUCCCUCGCAGGGACCGCCCGGACCAUGCCCAACCUAACGACAACCAGACUCACCCCUUCGUGGCUAACUCUCCGAGGCCGAGCUCGUCUUUCGCGAAAAAAUCUGGGGCUAAGAACGCAAGAGCGAGCAUCUCGUCGCAUGCUGGAACCGACGUCUCUCCAUUCCCGCUACGACAGCCCACGUCAUCCUCGCACGAUCCACGCACACCGACCCAGUCUCGAGGCCAACGCGCUAGGACCGCGACGCCGGCAGCCCCAUCGAGACCGUCAACCAGGGCGAGCCGUAAGAGACCUGAGGAGAGAUCCCCCACGCCGCAGCCCUCUCGCUUCGAUCACGAGACGAGCGACGAGGAAAUGACACCUCGCAGCACAGUGGCUCGCGACUCGUCCCCGGAGAGCCACUACCCGACCCCGCCCCAUCAUAAACGAGGUCGCGGUCGCUACUCCGUCGCACGCGCUACGAGACGACGCUCCCAGCCGACGCCUGCUAGGACCCCGUCCCCAGACCCUUACGAUAUUAUCAUGCAAGAUCCCGACAUCGUCGUUCCCCCCGCCGGCUCCUUCAGACGUGUCCAGGGCGACCGCGUUGACUGGAAGAAGAGAAACAUGGACAUGGAACAGAUCGAAGCCUGGAAGGAAAUUUGUAUGGAUAGACCAACGGUAGCGGUGCAGGUCGGCGAACUGGGAACGGAGGCGCCUGGAGUUAACGAACGCAUUGACGACAUUGGCUCGAUCCUGUUCCGCCUCUCCCAGACACCGGGCAUCCUAGUCACCCCCGCGCAUCCACCGAAGCCGAUACAAGCCCAGGCCCUACCGAUAACACGCAACGCUCCUCCGAAACCCACGAACAAGGACCCGGUCUGGUAUCUGGUCGACGGCCUAUCAGAGAAAUGGUGCGCCGCGCUCAUCCGCGCCGCAUGGCUCAGCACUGUAAAGCUCUCUCUUAACUUCGAGGCCUGGACUCAUGAGAUCCCUAACUUAUGCGCGGCAUUCCGCCUCAUCUACCGCUUCCGCGCCAACAACAAGGACGAGUAUGAUGUGAUCGUCCGUCGAGAGCUGCUCGACUCUGACCUCAACAAGGUGGUCGUGGAUAUCCUCCUCAAGGACAUUGCGAGAGGCGGUCGCUGGAGGCGCUACACGAGGGACGAUGCCUUCGGGGAGAUACUAGACUCUGUCGACGUCGAUAUUGUCCAUUGCAACGUCACUCCACACCUCUCCGAACCAGUCGCAUUCCUCCAUAUCUCCUCGCCCACAUCUGACUGGCAAGACUGGCUAGUCUUCUGCGAUGCGAUCAGGAAGCACGGCUUCGGCUCGACCGCGACCGGACACCCUGUACUCUUCACCAACCGUGUCUACUGCGGCUACUGCCAUUCUCUCGGUCACACCCACCGCCGCACAUACUCCAACAGCAGCAGGCAAACAACGGUCGCGGAGGCCCUCGUGGCGGCAGAGGACGCGGCGGAGGCGGACGAGGACGUGGAGCUAGAGGUCGCGGUAUCUAACUCGCGAAGAGGAAUGUAA